AUGGGCGUCUCAACCGAAUAUACGUGGGCGGAGGUAAAACGCCACAACACCCCCCAGGACCUCUGGAUCGCUAUUGAUGGGAAAGUCUACAAUGUGAGCGAAUAUCAACAAGACCACCCUGGAGGAGAAGAGAUUCUGCGCAACUUUGCUGGACAAGAUGCAACCACUGCCUUUACUGAUGCUGGGCAUUCCCGCGAUGCCUACGAGAAAUUGGAGUCGCUGUUGAUUGGCAGCCUAGAACCGGAAGUGUCCCAGAAGAAGCCGAACUCCCUUGCGUUCCCGGUCAACUAA